CUAUAAAGUUGGGCACGAGUUCCUUCUUUCUUUCAAUGGUUGUCGAGUUGCACGUUUAUACACAUUUAGGUAUCGUGUUCAGUAUAACAUAGCAAUGAUGAUGUUCUCCACCGCCAUCACCGCUGUAGCUCUCCUCGCUACACAAGUCUCUGCCCACGGCGCAGUCACCAGCUACGUGAUAGACGGAACCACCUACCCCGGCUACGAAGGCUUCUCCCCCUCCAGCAGCCCCAAAACCAUCCAAAGGCAAUGGCCAGACUACAACCCCACCAUGAGCGUCACAGACCGCAAAGUCAUGUGCAACGGCGGGACUUCCGCUGAUCUCGUUGCGAAAGUGAAGGCUGGAGGGUCUGUGAAGGCACUUUGGAGACAGUGGACUCACUCUCAAGGACCUGUGAUGGUGUGGAUGUACAAAUGUUCCGGCGAUCACAAGAGCUGCGAUGGGUCGGGGAAGAAGUGGUUUAAGAUCGACGAGAAAGGCAUGACGGCCCCUCCUCUAUCCGGCACCUCCUGGGGCAACGACGACGUGCUCAAGAAGCUAGCCUGGACGUCCACUAUCCCGUCUUCGCUCGCUCCCGGAAACUACCUCAUCCGCCACGAACUCCUCGCCCUCCACCAAGCCAACGCACCGCAGUUCUACGCCGAGUGCGCGCAGCUCGAAGUCACUGGGAGCGGGUCUGCUCAGCCGUCUAGCGAGUAUCUGGCAAAUAUCCCGGGAUAUGCUUCGCAGAAUGACCCGGGGAUCAUGGUGGAUACUUAUGGUAGCAAGGCUACUACUUACACGACUCCUGGGCCUAGAGUUUGGAAGGGGUAGAGGGAGUGCGUGGCUAAGUGGGCUUGGAGGGGUAAGGUGGUGUGUGGUAUGAAUGGUGAAGGAUUGAGAUGUAUACCGAUCAUCUCAAUAUGUUCCUUCUUGAAUCCAAACCAUCAAGGUUGAUUUAUGAGGGUGUGCGGUGACAUAUGAAAUCUUUUGAAUGCUUACCUAACACUCGUGAAUAUGACUGUGUUUAACUAUCGAUCCAUUAAUCUUCGAGUCCGUAGAUAACAAGACAGAACAAAGCUAUAAGUAUCAAGCCCGCCAUUAUGCCACUGUCAUGUUCAUGAAAGCAUACUUUGACUUGAAAAUAAUCACUACAGGUGACAUUGACUGGCUAUUCACGUAAUGUUUUCUUCCACACAGCAGUAAUGACCUACAUAUGUACACUUCUUUUCUUCACAAUAGCAAUUCCUCGAGAAGUACUUGACCUCGAACUACUAGAAGACACAGUCACGGUCACCUCCGUAUCGAAAUUUGU